UAUAACAAAUGUGCUCGAGAUGGCCCUUGUAUGUGUCCUGCUUCAGCUCCUCCUGCUUGGUGCCGUUAGUGUCCAGACAGAGCACAGAUAUCCGCGCUUCUCCUCCAAUGACACUGUGUUCGAGCACCUGGCCCUGCACCCCGACCCCUCGGUGGGCACGGUGUACGUGGGCGCUCGCGACCGCCUCUUCCAGCUGGACGGCCUGGACGGCCUGCGCCUGGAGCAGGAGGAGCGCACGGGCCCCGUGAGGGACAGCAAGGACUGCCUGCCGCCCGUCACCGAGGCCCACUGCCCGCACGCCAGCUACGCCAGCAACCACAACAAGCUGCUGCUGGUGGACCCCUACUCCAUGCAGCUCAUCACCUGCGGCAGCGUCCACCAGGGCACCUGCCAGAAGCGUGGCCUGGACUCGGUCCGCCGGGUGCUCUUCUCGGCCGAGCGGCCCGUGGACACGCAGCACGUGGCGGCCAACGACCCGGCCGUGUCCACCGUGGGGCUGGUGGUGCGUCCGCGGCCCGAGGCGCCGCCGGUGCUCUACGUGGGCCGCGGCUACACCAGCAGCCAGCCGCCCAUCUCCACGCGCCACCUCGCCACCGAGCCCGUCUUCUCCUACGAGGAGACGGCCAAGCUCACCGUGGCCGGACGCCAGUCGGAGUACGACCACCACUUCGUGACCACGUUCUCCCGCCGCGGACACGUGUACUUCCUGUUCUACAGGCGGGACCUCAAGGCCACGUCGCGCGAGUACCGGACCUUCGCCGCCCGGGUGUGUCUGGACGACGCUGCCUACUACUCCUACGUGGAGGUGCCCCUGUCGUGCCACUCUGUGACUACAGGGAAAAAUUACAACCUCCUCCAGGCGGCCCAUCUCGGGAGCCCCAGCUCUGGGCAAGAGCUGCUGGUGGGGGUGUUCUCUCCCUGGGUGAGCUCGGCCGUGGGGCCUGGGGACGAGUCGGCUCUCUGCUUCUACCAGCUAGAUCAGCUGGACCAUCAGAUGGACGCCACGCGAGACCUGUGCUACACUCAGACGGGAUUUGAGGGCGGUGCUGAAGUAGCCUACAUAGAGUACGAUGUGAAGUCAAACUGUGCUAAUCUGCCAACGAACACCCUGAAGGCAUAUCCCUGUGGCUCCGACCACACCCCCAGCCCCAUGGCCAGCCGCACGGCGGUGGAGAGCAGGGCACUCUGGGAUAGCCCCACCGCCCGCCUGACCGCCGUGGCCGCCAGCGUCGGAGAGCAGCACACCAUCGCCUUCUUGGGCGACUCCAAGGGAAACGUGCACAAGGUGUUCAUCGACUACGCCACAGGGCAGGCAGAGAGAUAUGCCACCAUCUCCGUCCAGUCCGACUCCCCCAUCAACAGCGAUCUGAUCCUGGACAAGGAGCACAGACACCUCCUCAUCAUGACCAGCAAUGCUGUGGAGAAGCGCCCUGUGUCGGAGUGUGAGAGGCAUUCUGACUGUGAGUCAUGUCUGGCCUCUCAUGAUCCCUAUUGUGGCUGGUGUGUGCUGGAGGGGAGGUGUGGCGUGCGCUCGUCCUGUCGCCGGGGUUCUCUGGUGGGCCAGUGGCUGUGGAGCUUCAGCCCCCAGCAGCAGCGCUGCCUCCGGGUCGCCUCCAUCAGCCCCCUCAACGCCAGCCGCGGAGAGGAGACCAGUAUUGUUUUGGACGUUCCAGGCCUGCCCAGUCUGUCUGAGGAGGAAGCCUACAGGUGUGUUUUUAAGGACACUGAAACUCCCGCAACUGUCCAGGGCACCACGGUGACCUGCCGCUCUCCAGACGCAAGGAGCGUUCCGUCUAUCAGCCAAGGAGAAGACGCGGUCACAGUUCCCCUCUCGCUCCGCUUCCUCAACAUCACAGUUGCCAGCCAAAUGUUUACCUUCUAUGACUGCGGUCUGGUCCAGCAACUGUCCCCCACUAAGCCAUGCACAGGCUGUGUAAGCAGUCGCUGGAGCUGUAACUGGUGCAUUCACCAGCACUUGUGUACACACAAACCAACCUGCAGUGAGGGUGUCAUCAUUUACAAUGAGCAUUUCAAACUCCCAACAUCUGGCCCCACAACUACAAAAGCUGUCGAUAGAUUAGCCUCAACCACGCAAAAUCCCACAAAUCCGACCACAGGAGUUCACUCAGCCACCGAAUCGGGAGCUUCAAACACUGCUGCUUCCGUGACUCUGUCCACCACUCCUGAACCCACGCUGGUACCCACAACGCCGCCUCCCGCUGCUGCCGCCACCACCACGGCCGCUCUGCCACCCAUGCUGAACCAGGCCACCACAGCAGCCAACGCGCCCUCUGCCACCACCCCACUGGCAGGCAGACACACGACAGAGGGCAGGCACGCCGCAGCCGACGUUAGCCUCAACAACAACAGCACUUUGUUGGAGGAAGUUCCGUGGACAGGUUCUCAGAACAAUUCUCUGCAAGAUGUCGGAGAAGAGGAGGAAGCUACAGAUUCAUCGCUAGAAGAGUCUGUUCUGGAUGCAGGAACCACCCAUGUGUCAAGUGUAAUGGAGCUUCCACUCAAUGAAGACAUAAUCCCUCCAUCCGCUGCCCCAGAGGCUGCUCUCACCACUCCCCCGCCUGUUGAGUCUGAUGAGGAGGCCGGGGCGGAGGUCUAUGUGUCAUCUGCCUCGGUCCCCUCUGGGGAUGGGGAGGGGGGGAGCAGCCCGCCCGCCUUCUCCCAGAGCUCAGACAUGGACUACCAGUCUGACUCAGCUGAUUUCUACCUACCGGGGGACGAGGGCUCAUUUGUAAGUGGAGGCUCUUAUGCCUGUCCCUGUGUGGAGAGCAUCCAAGGCUCCUCUCUUCUGCCGGUCAACAUGGACAGGAAGAUUACCCUCACAGGACGCAACCUGCAUCUGUACAAGGAUGACGAGUUGGACUAUGAGUGUGUGCUGACCGUAGAGGGACAGGCUGUCGUGGUGGACGCAUUUGUUGAAGCGGAUGAGGCACAGUCCUCCCGAUUCUUCAUCACCUGCCAACUCCACAAGUAUUCCUACUCAGCUGCUGUGGAGGAGUACAGCGCCCUGGUCUCGGUGAGGCGGAGGAACGCCUUCCAUAUGGACAGUGUCCAGGACCUGCACGUGACGCUGUAUAACUGCUCGGUCGGGCGCUCCGACUGCAGCCGCUGCCACACGGCCGACCCCAAGUACGGCUGCGUGUGGUGCGGCGGCGCUCUCUCCAGCUGCCUCUUCGCCGACUCCUGCGCAGACGAGGUGCAGCAGACAUGCCCGGCACCUGUCAUCCACCUGAUUGAGCCUCUCUCUGGCCCCAUAGAUGGUGGCACCAUCGUCACCAUCUCUGGCUCCAACCUCGGCCAGAGAGCUGAGGACAUCCAGCACUCGGUCACCCUGGCUGGGAUUCAAUGCAAUGUCAUCCCAAGUAGCUACGAGGUCUCAUCGAGGAUCGUGUGCGAGACAACAGCCAGUGGAGGGGAGCGCAGUGGCCAGGCCUCGGUGGAGGUCAGGGACGGAGGAGUCGGCCUCUCAGCACAGCGGUUCCACUUCCAGGAUCCGACGCUGACGGACGUGUUCCCUCAGAGGGGCCCGCUGGCCGGAGGCACCCUGCUCACCAUCACUGGCCACAGCCUGCGCACGGGCAACCUGCGGGACAUCACCGUUCUCAUUGGAGGAGUGCCCUGUGCCAUUUCCUCUGAGGUGCAGGAUGAUCGCAUCGAGUGUGUGAGCGGCAGCAGCAACAGGACUGGGGAGUACGGCGUGGUGGUUCGCUUCAAUAGGGCAGAGCGCCAUCUGCAGGCCGUUCCCUUUCAUUACUGCCCUGAUCCCAAUGUCACACAGGCGGCUCCGUCCAGAAGCUUCCUCAGCGGCGGGCGGAUGAUUCGAGUGUCUGGGCACAACCUGGAUGUAGUUCAGGAGCCACGGAUCCGCGUGACCCUCGUGCCUCUCAAGCCCCAUACGCAGAAGAAGAGGAAGAGGAAGAGGAGGAAGACUGAGAGCAUGGAGGAAAGGGAAAGUAGGCCGCUCAAAAGGUUACGGCGGAUUGUUCCAGAGCCCGGCUGUCCGGAGGGAGUGCUCUGCACGGUGAAACAGUUUGAAGAGCGCUGCACAGUGAACAGCUCCUUCCUGAUCAUGUGUGGGACGCCAGCCGUGGGGGCUGAGGCGCUCCAUGCCCAGGUGAAGGUGGACUUUCUGCUGGACAAUCUCCACUUCAGCUUCGGGGCCGUCAGCGGAGGUGAUGCGUUCAGCUACGAGCAGAACCCCGUCCUCCGACCGCUCAACCAACACGACCCCAGCAAGCCCUAUCGCCACAAACCUGGCAGCAUCAUCUCUGUCGAGGGUGAAAACUUGGACCUGGCCAUUUUCAAAGAGGAGGUGGUGGCUGUCAUCGGAGAGGGUGUUUGUGCCGUCAAAACGCUGACCCGUAACCACCUGUACUGUGAGCCCCCUUCCCAGCAGCCCUCAGUGGUGGCAUUGAAGAGGCGUGAGGGUGCAGAUGUGCUCCCAGAAUUCACAGUCAGAAUGGGGAGCUUAAACUUCUCUCUGGGCCGUGUGCAGUACGACACCCAGAGCCUGUCCACCUUUCCUCUAGAGGCCCAGGUGGGAGUCGGGGUAGGGGCUUCCAUUGUGGCCCUCAUUGUGUUGAUCAUCGUCUUAAUAUACAGGAGGAAGAGCAAACAGGCUCUGAGGGACUAUAAGAAAGUCCAGAUUCAACUGGAGAACUUGGAGACCAGUGUGAGAGACCGCUGCAAGAAGGAGUUCACCGACCUGAUGACAGAGAUGAUGGACAUGUCCAGCGACCUGGUGGGAUCUGGGACCCCGAUCCUGGACUAUCGCACUUACGCUGAGAGGAUCUUCUUCCCUGGCCAUAAGGAGUCGCCGCUCCGGCGAGAUCUGGACGUGCAGGAGUGUCGCCGGGCCACCGUGGAACAGGGCCUGGUGCAGCUGUCCAACCUGCUCAACAGCAAACUGUUCCUCACCAAGUUCAUCCACACGCUGGAGGGCCAGCGGACGUUCUCCCCGCGCGACCGGGCCUACGUGGCCUCCCUGCUGACGGUGGCUCUCCACAGCAAGCUGGAGUACUUCACCGACAUCCUCAAGACCCUGCUCAACGACCUGGUGGAGCAGUACACCGCCAAGAACCCCAAACUCAUGCUCAGGAGGACCGAGUCGGUGGUGGAGAAACUGCUGACAAACUGGAUGUCGAUCUGCCUCUACUCAUUCCUGAGGGACUCAGCGGGGGAGCCUCUGUACAUGAUGUUCAGAGCUAUAAAACACCAGGUGGAUAAGGGCCCUGUGGACGCUGUGACAGGCAAGGCCAAAUACACACUCAAUGACAACCGGCUGCUCCGCGAGGAUGUGGAGUAUCGCACAUUGACCCUAAAUGUCCUGGUGACUGGAGGGGGUGUCAAUGAAACCCAAACGAUGCCCACCAAGGUGCUGGACUGUGACACCAUCACCCAGGUGAAGGAGAAGGUUCUGGAACAGACCUGGAAGGGUCAAUCCUACUCCCUGAGACCCCCGACGGACUCCCUUCACCUGGAAUGGCGGGCAGGGACGGCGGGUCACCUGAUUCUGUCAGAUGAGGACCUCACGUCUGUGGUGCAGGGGACAUGGAAACGACUCAACACUCUACAGCACUACAAGGUCCCUGAUGGAGCCACCGUCACGCUGGUGCCUCGCCACUCCAAGCACAUCCACCAUGACAGCCACGACUACAUGCCUGGAGAGAAGACGCCCAUGCUGGACGAUGGCGACGAGGGGGGCAUGAGGCUGUGGCACUUGGUGAAGGCCAGCGAGGAGCCCGAGCUGCCCAAGCACAGGAGGGGCAGCCUGAGGGAGAGGGAGCGCGAGAGGGCCAAGGCCAUCCCAGAGAUCUACCUCACACGACUGCUCUCCAUGAAGGGGACGCUGCAGAAGUUUGUGGACGAUCUGUUCCAGGUGAUCCUGAGCACCAGUAGGCCCGUGCCCCUGGCCGUCAAAUACUUCUUUGACCUCCUGGACGAGCAGGCUCUUCAGCACAACAUCACUGACCCAGAAACGGUGCACAUCUGGAAGACCAACAGCCUACCCCUAAGAUUCUGGAUCAACAUACUGAAGAACCCACACUUCAUUUUUGAUGUGCACACCUCUGAUAAUGUGGAUGCUGUGCUGUCGGUCAUCGCCCAGACCUUCAUGGACUCAUGCACCAUUGCUGACCACAAGCUGGGCAGGGAUUCCCCCAUUAACAAGUUGCUCUACGCCAGAGACAUCCCGCGCUACAAGCAGAUGGUGGAGAGGUAUUAUGCUGACAUCAGGCAGACGAUUUCAGCCAGUGAUCAGGAAAUGAAUUCUGCGCUUGCAGAGCUGUCAAGGAAUUACUCUGGCGAAGUGAAUUGCCUCGUGGCUUUGCACGAGCUAUACAAGUACAUCAACAAAUAUUAUGAUCAGAUCAUUAGUGCACUGGAAGAGGACCCCAUGGCCCAGAAGAUGCAGCUAGGCUACCGGCUCCAGCAGAUCGCUGCUGCCGUGGAGAACAAAGUCACUGACCUAUGACCCCACACACUGGACACUGUAGCCCGACUCUGAUUGAUUGACAGGUCAGGCAGACUCUGGAUACCUGGCCGAGGCCGCUGGGCCGCUCAAAGGGAAGACUGGCGAGUACUGUAAAUGACCUCCGCAUGAGCUGGAGAUGUUUGUCCAGAGUGCCAUAGGACAGGAAGAGACGGAGAUGGAUGAAGCUGGCAGAGGUAUGAAGGACUGGUCUCCAUCAUCAUCAUCAUCAUCAUCAUCAUCCACCAGAUGAGACUUUAAACCUCGGCAGCGACUCACGAAGGACUUGACAUUGCCACUGUUACAGUAUUCUGGAUUAUGCUGAUUUCUUUGCAAGUUUUCUGUCAUUUUUCUGGCCAUUCCUACUUCACGUCACCCUCGCGUGCACACGUGGCUGCCCCAUGGUUCCUUCCUGAGAGAAUUUUUUUCCUUUAAGAGAGACUUGAUUUGUAUGAGAGGAAUUGAUGAUGCCGACAUCACUUGGUGUUUACCAAGUGCUUGAGUGGGAUUUCAUAUCGGUAUAAACAUAGAAAGAGUCAGUGCAGCUUCAGGUAAAGUAUGAGAGUUGAUGUCCUCUUCUGUUUCCCCUGGCUGUACUCCUUUGUGUCUUACUUCUGUAGUGAUUUGUGAAGUUUUUGAAACCAAGUUUAUUCAUGAGAGUAUAUUGGACUCUUAUGGAAUUGCGUAUUGUAGCUUAGUGGGGUUAGCCUGAGUGGUCCAAAACACAAUGGGUCUUAAAACUUAAAAAUGAAUAGGUGUUAUAAAAUAUAAAAAGAAAAAAGAACAAUUGGAAAGGUGUCCUCUAUUGACCCAAUAUUUUUUCUAUUGCAUACAGUAUGGUUAAUGUAAAUGAUUAAAGCAAAGUGAAGCAAAGUGAAGUUUUUACUCAAUUUAAAACUGGAUCUCAAGAUUAAAACCAAAGAGAGCCAAGAACAGAAAAAAAAAACCACUUUGCAUUUCCCCCAGUGACCACCAGAUGUCAGCUUUCUAAAACUAUUCAUCCAGCAACUGCACUUACUGUAACUUGGUGUUUGGAGAUUAUAAAAAAAAACAUUUUGUGGAAUUACAUGAAACACAGUACUUAAAUACCUAUCAAAAUAAUCAGUGAAUGAUGUUGAUUCAAAAAGACACCACUUCAAAGUAAAUACUGUUCAGGAUGUUUCAGGUUAUAGAAAUCCCUAUGUCUACUGGUUUAAUUGAAAGGAUUUAUACCUGAAUUAAUUCAAUUCCAAAAAUGAAAAUUUUAGCAAUGUCAUUUACUGUCUGAAGUACAUUUAAGGCGCUUUUACUGGAGGUGUCAUGUAAACACAAUUACUUAAAUGACUGAGUCCAUUUUAUUUAUUAAUUUAUUUAUUUUUGACAGUUUGCUGCUGUAACAGCUUAUCAAUUCAAAAUUAAAGACCAAAAGAUGGAGCUUCUGUCAAAAGUGUCAAUGUCUCCUCUCACUCCUGUCCCUGGUUCCCAGUUUUUCCACAAGGAAGGAAUGAAGGAUUGGAAUAUUCCAUGUUUUUCUUUUUUUUUGAUGAAUGCAUGUUUACAAAACUGCAGCAGUCCCAUGCUGAUCAUGAAGAAUGCUUUUCCAUGGCUUUUAAAUAAUGUACACAGUUGCAAGUUUUGGAAGAGUGAUAAUCUAAAUGUGAUUGAAAAUUGUGGAUUGAUGUUGCUGCCCUUCUCAGUGACAUGUCACGUGACAUUGUAAAUAGAGUUGUGUGUAUCACCAUUGCUUUUUGUGGUCGGAUCUCGGAUAAAGAGCGUAGUUCAUGCAAAGCAAACAAUAAAGUCCUCCGAAGGUCAA